CAAGUUUACUAAAUGAAGUGACCUGUAGGUGAAACUGAGUCGCCCUUCCUCUCUUUCCUCUUGCCGGUGUUUGCGGGGGGAGGAGGGGCAAAGAGGAGGGAGGACGGAGAGGGAGGAGAGAGCACUGAAGCAGGAAGGAAGGCGGAGAGAAGGAAAGCGAGGCAGGCUGUGAAUGCUAACAAGACCCGUGGUAAUCGACCACAGCUUCCCAAACAUGUUGUAAUGGAGAGAAAGGACGAGGACCAUUAAGCUAACUACGAUGCGCGAGCGGCUCGGUCUCCUCCCCGUGCUGGUGCCUCGCGAUCAUCCGCACGUUUAAGUUUAUGAGAAAAAAAUAACUAAACAAACAAACAAACAAACGGAAAAAACCCGUCUUUCUCCCCCGCCGAGUGAAAUGUAUCGCGACUCGUCGGGGACCACCUUGUGACAAUGGAGAUAGAAAAUAUCGUGGCCAACACGGUUCUCCUCAAGGCGAGAGAAGGUGGAGGAGGGAAGAGGAAUGGUCGCAGUAAGAAAUGGAAGGAAAUGUUAAAACUUCCCCAUAUAAGCCAAUGUGAGGAGCUGCGUCGCAUUAUUGAGAGGGACUAUACCAGUCUAUGUGAGAAGCAGCCCAUUGGUCGGCUUCUAUUUCGUCAGUACUGUGACACCAGGCCAGAGUUGAAGCGCUGCAUCGAAUUCAUGGACGCUGUGGCCACGUAUCAGCUAGCUCCCGAUGAGAAGCGGAGGGACUGCGGAUUGAGUGUUUUAGACACUUACUUCAAUAAUGGGUCCGCAGCCCAUUUGCCUGGCGUACCCCAAGAUGUGGUUGCUGGGUGCCGGGAGAGACUUGAACAGAGUCCCUGUAAAGAGCUCUUCAAUGACUGCACCAAAAUAGUUCGUGAUUAUCUAAGUGGCACACCAUUUUCCUCCUACCAGGAGUCCAUGUACUUCUCUCGCUUCCUUCAGUGGAAAUGGUUGGAAAGGCAACCAGUAACCAAAAAUACCUUCAGACAUUACAGAGUACUGGGAAAAGGUGGAUUUGGCGAGGUUUGUGCCUGCCAAGUGCGCGCCACCGGUAAGAUGUACGCCUGUAAAAAGCUGGAAAAGAAACGAGUGAAGAAAAGAAAAGGUGAAGCAAUGGCACUAAACGAAAAACGAAUUUUAGAAAAAGUUAACAGUAGUUUUGUAGUUAGUUUAGCAUAUGCCUAUGAGACCAAGGAUGCCCUGUGCCUGGUGUUGACGAUAAUGAACGGUGGUGACUUGAAAUUCCACAUCUACAACAUGGGCAACUCUGGCUUUGAUGAGCAGAGAGCAAUCUUUUAUGCUGCUGAGAUCUGCUGUGGCCUUGAGGACCUGCACCGUGAGAGAAUAGUUUACAGGGAUUUGAAACCUGAAAACAUCCUUUUGGAUGAUCGUGGUCACAUCCGCAUUUCAGACUUGGGUCUUGCUGUACAAAUUCCUGAAGGAGAGACGAUACGAGGGAGAGUAGGCACCGUUGGAUAUAUGGCUCCUGAGGUGAUCCAGAAUGAGAGUUACACCUUCAGUCCAGACUGGUGGGGUCUGGGCUGUCUCAUCUUUGAGAUGAUCCAAGGCCAGUCACCCUUUCGCAAGCGCAAAGAACGUGUCAAGCGGGAGGAGGUGGACAGACGAGUGCGUGAGGAUCAGGAGGAGUACUCUGAUAAGUUCUCUGAAGAAGCAAAAGAUAUCUGCCGACAGCUGCUGGCUAAAGAUCCCAAGAGUCGUCUUGGUUGUGAGGGUCGUGGUGCCAUAGAGGUCAAGCAGCACUCUAUCUUCCGGAACAUCAACUUUAAACGAUUAGAGGCAAACAUGCUUGAACCUCCUUUUAGCCCUGAUCCUCGGGCUGUGUACUGCAAAGACGUCCUCGACAUCGAGCAGUUCUCCACUGUCAAAGGUGUGAACCUUGACCCCACUGAUGACGACUUCUACCACAAGUUUGUCACAGGGAGUGUCUCCAUCCCGUGGCAGAAUGAGAUGAUUGAAAUGGAGUGUUUCAAGGAAAUCAAUGUCUAUGAGACUGAUGGGACAUUGUGUCCAGACCUGGACAUGAACCGGCCUAACCCUCCACCAAAGAGAGGCUUCUUCUACCGCUUGUUUAGAAGAGAGGCAAGUGCUAAUGCUCCGGCAACUCUCCGAGGGGGUGGGGGCUAAGGUCUGUUUUAAGAGCGGUUACAGUGACGACGAGUUUGAGGAACCCUCGCGACUUUAAACCACUCCCUUCACCCCCCUGCAACACCCCCAACUCCCUCCCCUCCCCCUCGCGGCUGAUUUUCCCCAUAAACUCCAGCCGAGUGCAAAUUUUAGGAACUCAGUGAAUGUUGAGCUGUAUUUAUGAGCUGUAUUAAAAGUGUAUUAUAAUUAAAGAAAAAAGUAUGAGUUUAAAGAUUUUGUACCUUUGUACUUGAAUUUAUGUCUAGAUGUAUAUUUUCACUAAAGGUUGUAUUGUACAAAAGCCAUAAAAGUACCACUUGAAUGCAUACAUUUUAAUUUUAUUGUCUUUGGAAAUGAGUACGGAUAAUCUAUCUUUGGGCAGUUUUUUUUUUUUUUUAAAGAAGCACAGUACAGUUUGUCUUUACUUUUCUCAAUGUAGCAUAAGGCAUUUAUUUGUAUUUUUACAUGUGCUGUAUGUUUUGAAUCGAUUUGGCCAAUGUUUUCAGCACAUAAGAUAUACUCUAUCCCUAAAUGAACCCUUGUUGCUUCCUUAACCCUCGUAGAUCUGAAUGAUGUCUAUCAAUAGUGGAGGAAAAAAUAUAUUAAUAAUUGCUCCUGUUUUCCCAGCAAUUUUAUAGUACAUUCCUCAAGUCCCUCCCGCCCCCCUCCUCUUGAUUGAGGGUUAAGUAUGGACCGUGUACAGUAUACCUCUUCCCAAAUUGCGCAGGUCGAGCCUCAUGUUUCGACAUUUUGCAAGUAUCUGUUCCAUGUACUAGUGCUGGCGGGUGGGGUGUUUGGUCAUUGUCCCAAGAAAAGGCUCUCUUCAGUCUAAAACCUGUGAAUCUAAAGGCUCACAAUAGUAAUAACAGAGGUCAGACCUUGUGUCUCCUCUGGAACGCAACAAGUUAAGUGCACUGUUCUUAAUCCUGCAAGCGGAGCUAUGGGGGAUUUCUUUAUUCCUGGCCUCUUAAUAGCAUUUCGCUCAAAACUCUUCUCAUAGUUUUACUGCCCAAGUGAUUGAAUUUUAGAGACCUAAAACAAUGGCAUAUGACAUCUUGGUAAAACAGCUUUGUUGAAAGAAAUGAAUCACCAUCAGUUCUGUCAGUAACUUAGCAUUUGCACUCGGUCGAGAAUAGAACUUUUGUGCAGUAGAUCAUAAAUAGUGUGCCGGAUAUCCUACUGGUAGAGGAUAUGCAGCUGUAUUCAGUGACUUAAGCUGUUUAUGAUAGAUCAGGAGAACUCUGUUUGUCAUAAUAGCGCACAACAAUUACUCUUCCAUUAAAGACGGAGUAGUAUGUUUUCUCUUAGAAAUGAGUAGUGUAAGGUGCUUAUUAUGUGGAAAAGGGCGAAAAUACAGAAUUUGAACCCCUUCCAGUUCCAACAAAAACUGAAUAUCGGGGUUACAUGAUUAUGUUCUCUUUGGGACUUGACUUUGGUGUAUACGGUUGCUCUCAAAAGCUUUUGAAGUUUGGAGAUGUCCGUUUCAGGUGGACCUCCGACCAUCUGUUUUAAUGCUGUGAAUACUCAUAGUUUAUAAACAUUAGCGUACUGUGUACAUUACAUCGUAUAAAAAUGCAACUAUUGUUCAGUUCAAUGCAUUGAAUCAAAUUUGAUCUGAACUAAUGGCAAACUUAUGUCAGUUGAAGUUUAUUUUGUUUCUACAGUUCUCAAUUCUCACUAGUUUGCCAAAAAGAAAAGCAAAGUAUCAGAAUUUCUUUCCAAAUUCAUAGUUGGGGACUUUAUGUUAUGUGCACCAAAUUUAGAUAUACCCCCCCCCCCAGUUUGGUUUUGUCUAGUUCCCAAAAAAAAUGUCUGCCAUUGCACAUUCCACUCUGAUGAUUCAAACGUGCCAUGUACCUGCUGCUGGCUUGAGUCAUUUUGUUUCUAUUUGUUGCUCUCAGGCAUGCUCUGAAGCUGACUCUCUUGCCUUUGUAGAUUUUAGCCUUUUUAGUACUUCUUGCCUCAAAAACUUUGUACAUUUAAAAACUAAGCUGUAAAACUCAUUUGCUCUAAUAGAGAAACUAAUGGCUGCACCUACAUAAUUCAUCUGCAUGGUCAGUACUAAUGACUCCACCUAACAUUCACUGCACUAGGAUGUUUUUGUUUUUUUUUGCCAGUGAUACCAAAAGAAAAAUGGAAUCAAAUGAAAUGUGUAUUAUCUGAAAAUACAAGUGAGGACAGGCCGUCUUCAUAGUAUGUGCCAAUUGCAAGAAGUAAACUUGUGACAUUACACAUUUUUCACUCUUCAUGUAUCCUUCCGUCCAUUGAGAGAAAUUCAUUUACAUAAACUGCUCAAAGGUUUUGAAUGUUCGCACUAAGUGCAUUGUAAUGCCUGUUUUAAAGAAAUGUUUUAUUACACAAGCAUGUAUUGGUUUGUAAUACAUCAGGUUCCUUGUAUAUGUAAAUGAUGAUUUAUUUUUUUUUUGUGGGGGGGUGCCAACAUAUCUUUGGUAUAAGAGGACAGUUUAAAAGGACAAGGUGACCCCCACACAUGGCCUGGUUUGAAUACAUUGAAUGCAUUCCUUCUCUGAUAGGGAUUUAGACCUUCCAAACUGGGAUUCACCUCAAUACGAAUAUUUGUGGUAGACAUCCUCAAUUCCUUGAUGCCUGGGGUCUAGUCAGUAUAAGCCUGGAGGACCACUUCAGGUGUCUCAUACUGUCUGCACAUGCUACCAUAAAAAUAUUACAAGGAAGACUUGUAUGCCAACAGGGCCUGGGACUUUUUGAUUUGUUGUUCUUUUUUCCCCUUUUGUACCUGUACAGUCAUGUUGUUCAACCACUGCAGUCAUUGUUAAUUCUUGUACAAGUUGUAUCACUGGUUGUUGUACCAUAUCUUACAUUUGUAAUUAUGAAACAAUACACUGCCGUUUGUAUAGAAUUAACC